AGGAGGCCGACUCUGGGAGUCCGGCCCGGCCCACCCGGGCCUCUCCCCUCUGCCCGGGACUGCGGCCGACGGGACGCCCGCGGGCCGGGGCUGCAUGGGGCUCCCGCGCGGCCCGCUCUUCUGGCUGCUGCUCCUGCUGGCGGUUGUCUGCUCGGGGAUCCUCGUCGCCCUGUACUCCUCGGCGGUGGAGUCGUACCCGGGGCCCCUGACCCGAGCCAGGAACAUCACAUCGUCUCGAGCUUUCUUUGGACCCAAGCCAUCGAAUUCUAGGACGAGAAAGAACCUGCCCUGUCGACACCGACUUUAUCUCGCCAUUCGACGGCACCCUCACUUCCGGGAUCUGUUUGAUCUCUCCAUUCCAGUGCUGCUGUCAGGGAACCUCUUCACCCAGGAGCUCUGGGACAGCCUGAGCCGGCACAAAGCCCCCUAUGGCUGGCAGGGGCUCUCCAGCCAAGCCAUCGCCUCCACCCUGAGCCUCCUGAAUGGCUCUGAGAGCACCAGGCUGUUUGCCGUCUCCAGGGAGCUGCUUCCAGGCUGCAUCCGGUGUGCCGUGGUGGGUAACGGAGGCAUUCUGAAUGGUUCCCACCAGGGUCAGAACAUCGAUGCCCAUGACUACGUGUUCAGACUCAAUGGUGCUGUGAUCAAAGGCUUUGAGAAUGACGUGGGCACCAAGACCUCCUUCUACGGUUUCACUGUGAACACAAUGAAGAACUCCCUCAUCUCCUACUCAAACCUGGGCUUCACCUCUGUGCCCCAGGGACAGGACCUGCGCUAUAUCUUCAUCCCCUCAGACAUCCGUGACUACGUGAUGCUGAGAUCGGCCAUUCUAGGUGUGCCUGUCCCUGAGGGCCCCGAUAAAGGGGACAGGCCUCAGACCUAUUUUGGACCAGAAGCCUCCGCCAGCAAAUUCAAGCUACUCCAUCCAGACUUCAUCAGCUACCUGACAGAGAGGUUUCUGAAAUCCAAGUGGAUUAACACAAAAUUCAGAGACCUAUACAUGCCUAGUACUGGAGCCCUCAUGUUGCUGACAGCACUGCAUACCUGUGACCAGGUUAGUGCCUAUGGAUUCAUCACAAGCAACUACCAGAAAUUUUCUGACCACUAUUUCGAACGAAUAAAGAAGCCACUGAUAUUCUACGUGAACCAUGAUCUGUCCCUGGAAGCCACCCUGUGGAAGGACCUGCACAAGGCUGGCAUCCUUUGGCUGUACCAGCGCUGA